AUGUCGCAAUGGGGCCAGCCCCAGCAGGGGUUCCAGUACCCGAUGCAGACUGGUUUUCAGCCAGGGAACCCCCAGUUCCAGCAGAAUGUUCAAUUUCAGCCCCAGGGCCCACAGAUGGGCCAGCAGCAACCGCAGUUCCAACCUACAGGCCAAGGUUUCCAGCAGGGCGGGUUUGGUGCGCCGGGAGGCGGUCUACAGCCUCAACCAACCGGAUUUCCGAUGCAGAGACCUGCAGGAUUUCAGCAGCCUCAGCAGACAGGAUUUCCAGGUGGCCAGCAGAUGCCUCUACAAGCUCAGCCGACGGGAUUUGUCGGUGGUAACUUUGGCCAGCAGCAGGCAGCACCACCCCCUGUUCCCCCUCUUCCCCAGCAAUUCCAGCAGCAGAACCAGGGAGGCCCGAUGCAAGGUCUACAGCAACCCCAGCAGCCAAAUCGAUUCCUGACAACGUCGCCCGGACUCGGCGCCGGUCUCGUGCCACAAGCAACAGGGUUUCCGGUUCGAACUGGCCCCUUGGUCCCACAGGCGACAGGUUUCGUCGAUCCUCGACUGCAGAUGAUGUCACAGACGUUCAUGCCCAUGAACACCUCCGCGCCCUUCACGCCUGGUGGAAUGCCGCAGCUCCCACCGCAGCAGAAUCUCCAGCAAUCGUUCCAGCAGUACAAUCAAGAUCAGCGCGGUACUGCCACGCAGCAGAUGUCCUGGGCCCUCAGCAAGGCUGAGAAGAAGAAUUACGACAGAAUCUUCAGAUCUUGGGAUACCAGCAACUCCGGUUUCAUCAGCGGUCAGAACGCUUUGGAGGGUUUCAGUCAAUGUGGUCUUCCGCAAGCUGAACUGGCGAAGAUUUGGUCGCUCGCCGAUAUCGAUGAUCGAGGCAAGCUGAAUAUCGCCGAAUUCCAUGUUGCAAUGGGUUUGAUCUAUAGACGACUGAACGGGAACCCGAUCCCUGAUGUCCUUCCCCCGGAGCUCGUUCCACCAUCUGCACGCGAUCUCGACAGCUCAGUAGAUUUCCUCAAGGAUGUCCUCAAGCACGAGUCGCGUUCCAAAUCCCCAUCCAGUAUCGACUCCCCCGUAUCUCGUCUCAAGUCCCGAUCAUUCAACAGCUCUGGAAAUUCACUGGAAGGUCGCGACGCUACCAUCUACAAGCAUAACGACACCGAACCUCCUGGUGGUUUCUACAAGCCCCGUUCGCGCCACGUCGAUCGAGAUGCUAUUCGACGUACCGACGACGACAGCCCCUCUUCCGACUUGACGGACAUGAAACGCCAACUCGCCAACACAGCGCACAUGCUCGACCGCGAGUCGGAGGCUCAUGCUGCCCGCACGCGAGAGGAUGAAGAGCUCGAUCAAGAGAUGGCAGACCUGAAGUACAGGGUGAAGCGCGUCCAAGAAGAUCUCGACUACAAUUCACGUGGCCCUCGCACAGCUGCAAAGGAGGAUGAACGAAGGAAGCUGGAGCGCGAGUUGCUGAGCUUGAUGCACGAGCGCAUCCCGGAGGUCGAGAGGAAGUUGAAAGCCCGAGAAGAGAGGAAGGAACGAGAGCGUAGGGAAUGGGCCCGUAACCGCGACCGUGCCAAUGAACGCUUCGGAAGGUUUGACGCGAAAGAAGACUCUUACUCUCGCCGAUACGACGAUCGCGACAGAGACUACGAUCGACCAUCGUCCCGCAACUACGACAGAGACAGGGAGAGGGACCGUGAUUGGGACAGAGAAAGAGACAGGGAUCGCAGCUACCGCCGUUCGCGCUCGCGGUCUCGCUCCCGCGACCGAAGGGAUCGUUCUCGCGACAGGGAUUACGACACUCGCAGUCCACCUCCCCGCUCUGGUGCAUCGCCCGCGCCGCCUUCUCUGCGACCUGACUCUGCCGCCUCUCGUGCAACUCCCAAGCCUGUUCGUUCGCCUGCUCCAGACCUGAAGAACAUGACCCCUGAGGAGAGGAGGGCACAUGCUCAACGACUUAUUCAAGAACGUCGAAUUGCCCUCGGCUUGGAUGUUGCGCCUUCCCCCACUCCAGUCGAUACCAGCAUCGAGGAUCGUUUGCAGCAAGAGAAGAAGGAAGCUGAGGAGAAAGCGAAGGCUGCCGAGAAAGAGAGGGAGGAACGAGAACGUGCAAGGAAGGAAAGAUUAGAGCGGGAGAAAGCAGCGAAGGAAGAGGCUACCGCACCCCCGACUGUUGCUGUCACACCGCCAGCGCCUACUACCGCUCCAGCUCCUCCGGCUCCCACACCCAAGGCUGCUCCCCCUCCACCUAAAGCUCGAGGCGCUCCUCCCCCACCUCCUACUCGCAGUCGCGCUCCUGCUCCUCCUCCACCAACCCGCGCAGCGGCUGCCCCAGCCCCUCCAGCUCACAAGGAACCUGAAGUUGAUCCCGAGGAGGAGUUCCGUGCUCGAGAAGCCGAGUUGAAGAGACAGCGCGAAGAACGGUUCCGUCAGCGCAUGAAGGAACUCGAGGAAGAGGAGGAGAGGUUGGCUAAGGAAGAAGAAGAGCGCAUCAAGGCACGUAUCGAGGCACUGAAGCAAAGACAGGCCGCGAAGCCACCCUCGCCCCCUCCCGCUCCAGCAGCACCCGAAGCACCCCCGGCCCCUCCAGCCCCUCCAGCUCCCCCCGCUCCUGCACCCCCUGCUGCAGCUGCCGUAUCGGCACCCGUAUCGGCUGUAUCUCCUCCCGUUGAGAAGUCGACUAAUCCUUUCAGCAAGUUCAUGAAGGAGCAAGGAGGAGCGGCGGCGGCGGCUACAUCCAGCCCACCUGCACCACCUGCAACAACUAGUACCACUAAUCCUUGGGCUCGACCUCAGACUGCUCCUCCUCCUAGCCGAAGCCCAGCACCUCCCGCCCCCAAGGGUUCAUAUCACAUUGCUCCCUCUUCCAACACCGACGACGACUGGGACGAUAUCAAGGAGAAGGACGACUCGGACGACAGCAGCGACGAAGAUGAGAUCGACAAAUCUAGAGCAGCUCGUGCCAAUAUCGCUCAGCAACUAUUCGGAAGCAUGCUUCCUCGACCUCAGUCGGCUGCUCCCGCUUCCACCGGUGGGCGAUCUGCGACCGCUUCGCCUGCACCUUUGAGCGCGCCUCCUACCGCGCCUCCAGCUCCUCCGGCACCUGCUCCCCCUGCUCCCCCAGCACCCGCCGCGCCAGCUGCCCCUCCCCCUCCUGCUGCUCCUCGAGCACCGGCACCCGCAUCCGGUCCUGGUGAUGUCGGUGCAUUGAUGGCCUCGAUCCAGGGAGGUCUGAGACUCCGCCCGACCAAGACUGUCGACAAGAGCAGGCCCGCUGUCACAGGAAAGAUCAUCGGUGACGCCGCACCACCCGAGCACAUCAACAAUGCUCCUCGACCGGCGUCUCCUCCCACACCUCGACAGGAGUAUACCUCCCCUGCCCCUAUUCCCGAAGCUCCAGCUGUGAAUGACGAAUCGUCUUCCUCUCAACCUUCUCACAAUCGUGGACAGUCUGUUGAUUGGAUGUCCAACCGUGCGGCGGCAGAUGCUGGAAUUGCCCCGGUUCCACAGCUCCCCUCUAUGGCUGAGGCUGAGGAGGAUGAUUACGAGCAUGUCGAGGUUCCGACUGAGGCGCCAAUCCCAGCUAUUCAAGUCGAUGAACCCGCCGAUCCUUCUAGCGAGCUCAUGAAUGAUAUUGACAAGUCCAUUGAGCACCGCGUUCGUUCGUUGUACGCAUAUGAGGGUGAUGGACCAGAAGAUCUGUCCUUCGCCGAGAACGUUAUUCUCACUGCCCACCCUUCCAAGACUGGUGGCGAUUGGUGGUAUGGCAAGACGGUCAAGGAUGGCAAAUCGGGUCUCUUCCCCAAGACUUACGUCGAAGUUGUUCGUCCAUUCAAAGCUAAGGCUCUCUAUGAUUACGCACCUGAGAACCCCGAUGAACUUCCGCUCUCCGAAGGCCAACUCGUGAGCGUUGUCGACAACAGCGAAGAAGAAUGGUGGAAGGCGGAGAAGGAUGGAGUGGUUUUGGUCGUGCCGGCCGCAUACCUGGAGCUGGUCGAGGAACCUACCGAACUCCCUCCAACAACACCUUCAAGAAUGACGUUGUCCAUAGCAACCGAAUCGCAGAGCUCGACAAGCGUCGAUCAUAGCUUUUCGCCCAGGAAAGGAGAAGAAAGCUUAAACGCCCCUGAGAAUGCGGCGAAACAAGAAGCACCUGACGAUUCCCAGACCUCGAGCGUGGGCGAUAGUACUGACGUAGAUGCUGAGACUGGUUCUUCAGAUUCCGAAUAUCUAUCUUUCGAAGAAAGCGACGACGAUGAUAACGACGCCCAACUCGAGGAUACUGAAGAGGAGAGGAUGGCUAGGGAGAGGGAACGGCAGAUGGUCCUGGAGGCUGCAGGCCUCAUUGUCAAGACUAUCGAUGGGGUGAAGCCUCCGCCGACCAAGCUAACGCGUACGAGGUCGAAAGCCCAUCGACGGCCAGUGUCACCAUCGACGACCAGUUCUCCACCGAAGCGAAGAGCGCCCCCAGAAGCACCAGUGCGACGGAAGCCGCGACCGAAGAGGCUGCUGUCGACGGACAAGGAGUUGCCACCCAUCCCUAUCGAGAUAGAGGAGGAGCAGGAAUCUGCGAAACCGAUGGACCCUGUUGUGCAACUGGAUGACGCCUACGCCCGUUAUGAAUCCUUCAAGAACCAACAGAUGGAGAGCUUGAAUAUCAAUCGGCUGUCGGUUAUUUCAACGGAUUCAGGAAGCUUGAGGAGCUUAUCCCCGACUGUCGCGAGCUUUACGCUUGUCCAACCUCCUUCUCCCGGUGCCACAUCCUCUACAUUCUCGCUCGGUUCGAAGGAAAAUGCAACCCCUCACAAGGAGUCGGAGCCGCAACAAGACAAAUAUCGCUCGCACUUCCGGCACUACUUUUCGAGAAGCCGGACGCCCGAGUCGACUGAAACGACGCCUUCUAGCAUCCGCAAAUUGCAGAUUUCUGGUCCAAUGCCACUAGGCUCUGUCACUCCAGCGUCUAAAUCAGCAGGAGCCAGUCCCCGCAACAGCGUUCAUGGUGGAGCAGCUUUGCCUGGCAGUCCAAAAAGCUUACAAUUCCAGUCCAUAAGUGUGGUUAGGCCUGGGACGAGUGGUGACCAUUUGACGGUUGGGCAGCCCUUGUCAGCGGCUUCGACGGUCACACCAGGAGUGGACAGUCCCUCAAGAGCUGCGAGUCCGACGUUUGGUACUUCGUGGGCUAGUCUGGUGGACAAAACUGCGCUGGAGGGUAUCCCGAGCAACGAGAGGAAGCGACAGGAAGCGAUCUUUGAGCUUAUCAACACCGAGGUGGCGUAUGUUCGGGACCUGCAGCUGAUAGUGGAGGCGAGUGUCUUCUACUCCAGCAUGCUUGACAUUCUCUCACACAAAGAAAUCACUGUCGUCUUUGCCAAUGUUGAGGAUAUUCUCUUGACCAAUACUGCAUUCCUUAGCUCACUGGAAGAGAGGCAGAAAGAAUGUCGUCUCUAUAUCGACAGGAUAGGAGACAUUCUUGUCAACCACUUCCCUAACAUGGGUGUCUAUCUGGAGUACUGCGUCAAUCAGCAGCAGGCGAACAAAGUCCUUCAAUCGUUAAUACAGAGCAAGCCUGCCCUGGUGGAGCAUUUGAACAAACUGAAGGAGAAUCCUGCAACGCGCAACUUGGACUUGUCGAGCUAUCUCUUGGAACCUAUGCAACGCAUCACCCGAUACCCGCUACUCAUCAAACAAAUCGCACACUACACCUCUGCAUCGGAGUCGGCUGAAAUCUCGGAGCAGAAGGCGAUUGCUGAAGCCAAGGAGCUGAGCGAGAAGUUGUUGGAUUCCAUCAACGAAACUAUCCGCGAUCAAGAGGGCAAGGAGACGCUGAAGAAGCUCAGUGAGGGUGGAUUGUGGAUAGGACAGGGGAGACUGGACCUCACCGCUCCCACUCGUUACAUGGGUGCGAGGAAGCUCUUGAAGCAGGGUGUAGUGGCCAAAGCGAAGAGUGGUCGCAAGUUGAAGGCAUUCUUGUGUAGCGACAUCUUGGUUUUGACGGACCAGAGCGGGCGAAACCUCUACAGAAUGCCCAUUCCAUUGGCACAUGCCGAGGUCAAGGAGAUCACUGGUACUCUCAGAGACGACACCGGAUUCCAGAUUCUUCAACCCUAUCCAAGAGGAGGGGAGUCGAUCAACCUGAAGGCAGCUUCGCCUAAGGAGUGUAAAGAGUGGAUCAAACAAAUCGAACUGGCUAGUCGGCGGUGCCGACAUGCUGAAGAACGGGCUAUACGCAAAGGCUACCAUUCUACCCCUCGCCGAUGA